GAUCUCGCUUUGCUAUGCAUCAAAUACCAUUUUGGGAUCCUCAGGUAUUCAUCCCAACAAUGGGCAUGCUGCUCGGAAAUUGUAUGUCCGCAAUAGCUGUUGGAGUAUCCUAUGCGUUGGAACAAUUCAGUGAACAGAAAGAAAAAAUAGAAAUGUACUUAGCUUUUGGCGCCAGCAGAUGGGAAGCUGGACGUCCUGUUGCAACAGAAGCUAUCAGAUUGGCAAUGUUACCUACUAUUAAUUCAAUGAGGAAUGCUGACGG